GUGCAUGCCAAAGUGUGAAGUCUGUCUUCCAAGCAACACAACCAAAUGGAUGUGAGAGGAAGAUGUACUGUUACAAAUAUGUGUUUAUCUCCGGUGCCCCCGAUGGACAGGAAGGGCUGAUCGGAAAAAAGAGGAUGAUAAGAAACGAACAGUUGGUUGACUUCCAAGUGACUGACGUGAAUGGGCUGAGGAGUAUCGAUAUCAAGAAAAUAAACCACAGGGUGCCAACAGAAGAUACACCUAAAGAGUUUCCUCACACUUACCUUGUGUUGAGGGCUGAUAAAGAAUGUCUACUUGUUUCAUAUGGUGUAACAGAUGAUGACUGCCAAAAGUGUCUGCUUUGGGGAUUAUCCGGAAGCAAUGUUAGCAAUGAAACUGAGUGCUAUCAGGCCAGCAAGUUGUAUUGCACUGACAACCUAUACGAUAUGACAGAAACUGAAAAUCCGUGCCUGCAUUUCGAUCAUGACGAAGCCAGACGUGACCAGAAAGCACAGGAGGAGGAAGAAUUAUCUGAGCACCGUGCCUAACAAAUUGUUCAAAAUAAAAAAAAAAAACUUUUUCA